AUGGAGACUAAUGUAAAACUUAAGGUGGAUGAUGGUGACCCACUCGAUGAUCCAAAGAUGUAUCGGAGACUUGUAGGGAAACCUAUUUACCUCACAAUUACUCGUCCAAACAUCUCCUAUGCAGUCAGUGUUGUGAGCCAAUUCAUUACCAGUCCUCGGGUACCUCACAUGGAGGCAGUUGUAUGCAUCAUAAAGUAUCUCAAGGGUGCUCCAAGACGUGGUCUGCUUUAUCGAUCUUCUGGACAUCUUCGGAUUGAGGGAUACACAGAUGCAGAUUGGGUCGAUUCUCCUUCUGAUCGAUGGUCCACCACGGGUUACUGCACCUUCAUAGGAGGAAAUCUAGUAACUUGGAGGAGUAAGAAACAGUCAGUUGUGGUUCGUUCCAGUGCUGAAGCAGAGUAUCGUGCUAUAGCACACACUGCCUGUGAACUUGGUUGA